AUGUCGACUUUCAAAAGUACCAUCAACAUCACCCACAUUGGCACUGCUACUGCUGUGCUCGAAAUCGAUGGCGUCAACUUCCUUACCGACCCUUUCUUCUCUCCAGCGGGUUCUAGUUUCCCCAUCAGGGAGGACUUCGCACUGGAGGUCUCAGAGGACCCUGCCCUUGGUCUGAACGAACUACCGCCAAUUGAUGCUGUUUUGCUCAGUCAUGAAGAUCAUGCUGAUAACUUGGAUGAUUAUGGUCGCCAGCUGCUAAAUGGCCGUCACGUUUUCACUACUGUAGAUGGUGCUAAAAACCUGGCUCCGCGUCCAGCAGUCCGGGGAAUGAAGCCUUGGGAAAGCACAAGCGUAAACUUGGGUGGCGUCAAAUACACUAUCACCGCCACGCCAACCCAACAUUUUCCCGGCAAUGAGUGUACCGGGUUUAUCUUGACGACUGAUCGGUUCGGCCACCAUGCUGAUGGACGUCCAAACGCGGUUUGGUUUACUGGUGACACGGUUUACAUUGAGGAGUUUGCCCGGAUUCCAGAACAAUUCCACGUUGUGGUGGCGCUGAUGAAUCUGGGUUCGGCCUUCGUUGAGACUCCUAUUAGCGAUGGAAAGCUUGUCCAGAUCACUAUGGAUGGCAAGCAAGCGGGAUCCCUAUUCCGAAUGCUUAAAGCGGACCAUCUGGUGCCGAUGCACUAUGAGUCUUGGGGACACUUUACACAAUUUGGCAAGGAGUUGAUGGCCGACUUCAAGGAAGAAGGGGUAGAAGAGAAGGUCCGGUGGUUAGUACCUGGCAAAGCUGACCCUGUACAUAUCAGGACCCUGUACACUUUUACCUCAAUUGCCCACAUUUGUAACGAUACUGUACCGGAGGCAGCGGCUGCCUGA